UACCGUUUUGCAUCCAUUAGAAGUUGUAAAAAUAGGCAUAAUAAUAAAUCCGAUGAAAAUUGAAAAUAUAGAAAAAGUAAAUGUUAUUAGAUAAAUAUUAAUAGUAGGAAAACAUAUACAUUAAACUGAAGGAUUAAAAGGGUAUUUUAGAGGAUUAUUACCCGAAAUAUUAAGAGCAACAUUAAGUACAGCAAUUUAUUUUCAUAUUUUGAAAGAAUUAGAACUAUUUUUUAAAACCAAACAAGCAAUAAGUGAUGAUUAAUAUUCAAGUUUUAUUUCCUCAGCAAUUGCUAGAAUGGCUGCAGCUUAUUUCACUAAUCCACUAUCAGUGGUUGCUUCAAGAAUAGAAGUGCCAGGAUUUCAUGUAUAUAAAAACAUGUUUGAUGGGAUUAAAAAAAUAUAUAAAUAUGAGGGAAUCGGAUAGUUUAUGAAAGGUUCAUGGACAUCAUCUGCUAAAGAAGGCCCUUUUGCUGGGACUUAUUAUGUUUUAUAUAAAAACAUUAAAUAAAUGUUCAAAGAUUCGAAUAUUCAUUAUACAUAAGUUUCUAUGAUUUCAGGUAUGGUUUCUGGUAUUGUUGCUACAACGGUUUCUCAUCCUUUUGAAAUUAUUAGGGCUAGAUUACAAAUUAUGAGCAAGUUUGAAAAAAAUCCAGCGUAUUAGUAUUCAGGUAUCUUCGAUGCUUUCAGAAAAAUAUAUAUUUAUGAAGGUUUUACAGGAUAUUAUAGAGGUUUGGCUCCUAGAUUAGUUAGAAAACCUUUAGCUAAUACUUUAACUUUUGGAAUUUUCGAAUUCUUUCAUAAUACUUUUAAUUAUACAAAGUGGUGAUUCUUUGGUUUAAAUGCUUUUUAUUUUAUUUUUCUUUUUCUUGUUUUAUUUAUUUCAUAAAAUAUAUUUUAAAUCAUUAAUUUUUAUUAAACUAAUUU